AUGGACGGCUCUGAAGCGGGAGUCAGUUCCGGUCUAAGACCUGCCGUCCCAGCCUUGCUCUUGUGCCCCACGAGACAUCAAAAGCUGUUUCAAUGCCUUGGAGAUGGGGUUGACAGCCACGGAGACGUUGAGACUAGCAGCGUCAGGCCUGUUACGGCGGCAAGCUGUCCGGACUAUUGGUCCGACGACAACAUGGUACUUCCCUUUCCCAACCCUUCUCUGUCUGACAUGGCAGGAGGAGAAGAUGCAUCCAGGGAUCACGGGUCCAUCAGGAGCAGCGAGACGCCGCCGCACCAAGCAAAACAACAACAACAACAACAACAACAACAACAACAACAACAACAACAGCAACAGCAGUCCAUCUCCAAGGUAACCUCGGCGCGGCAGCUUAUUCUAACGAUAAUCAUCUGCGCCGGUCUGAUGUUCUCGUGCCUCGACACCUCCAUCGUCUCGACCGCGCUCGUGUCCGUCUCGGUUGAGCUGCAAAAUUACCAGGACACGCCGUGGACCAUGCUGGGAUAUCUGCUGACAUAUAUGAGCUUCGCGAUGGGCUUCUCCAAGCUAAGCGACAUCUACGGAAGGAAAAAUGUCCUGGCCAUAGCCUGGCUACUGUUUACGCUGGGGUCGGUGUGGUGCGGUAUUGCACGGCGCAUGGGGGAACUCAUCGCUGGCCGCGCAGUCCAGGGAGUUGGCGGCUCCGGGCUAUACAGCCUGGCGCAGGUGUGCCUUCUCGAGCAGGGGCCGAGCAAGCCCGAGGUCGUUGGGGCUCUGGUGGGCAUCACGCUCUCCAUUUCGUUCGUUCUGGGACCCUUGCUAGGGGGCGCCAUAUCGGAAUGGAGCUGGCGAGGCAUCUUUUGGUUCAAUAUCCCCUUCGGCGCCCUGGCCGUGCUGGGAAUCUACGCCCUCUGGCCCGACGAACGAUGCCACCGAUACGCUACUACCAGCAGGACAGCCGUCUACAAGAUCGACUUCUUGGGCAACAUCUUGCUCGCCGCGGCGUCCAUUCUAUUGGUGUUUGCCAUGCAGGAGGCCGGCUCCCUCAUCUGGAGCUGGUCCAGCCCGGUCAUCGUAGGGUCCCUGGUGACGGCAGCGGCUUGCUGGGCGUUCCUCACCGGAUGGGAGUACUACCUCUUCCGGGCAUGCCAUCGGAUCGAGCCAAUAUUCCCCAUGAGUCUGGCCAGGAGUCGAGUCUACCUGUCAUGUCUACUCGUCACCCUCCUCAGCGGCUUCAUUUACAUCGCUCUCGUCAUCAAGAUCCCUGAGUCCCUGCAGCUCCUCCACAGCGACAGCUCCCUCUGGGCCGGCGUGCACCUCCUCCCGAUGCUCGGGUCCUGCGCCUUCGGCUCUUUCCUGGGCGGUGCUCUCUCCAAACAGACCAACCUCACCAGCCAGACGGUCAUGGCGGGCAGUUUGCUACAAGUCAUCGGCCUGGCGCUGACGCUCGGUUUCUCGUUUUCGUUGUCCUUGUCGUAUUCGCCAGACCAACAACAACAACAACAACAAGAACAGCUCGGUGGUCUGAGCCUGAACCUGAACCUCCUGCUGGGAUUUACGGCUGUGUAUGGUUUGGGCGUCGGCCUGUCCUUUGCCGCCUGCACCAUGAUCGCCGCCGUCGAGGCCGCAAGCGACGAUCUAGCCGCAGCGCAGGGCGCCGUGGCGCAGGCGAGGGUGUUUGGCGGCGCGCUGGGCCUGGCUGCGUGCACGAUUGUCUUCAACGAGCGCCUUCGAAGCGCGUUGGGGGGUUCUGACUUCUCCUCCUCCUCCUCCUCUUCUUCUUCUUCCCUUUCCGAAUCGGGGUUGGGAUUCACUAGUGGAUUGGGCCCCCAGGAGCUGGGGCAGAUCCAUUGGAACCUGAUGGCGGUGUUGGCGCUUCCGGACGAGGCGAGGCUCGAGGUUAUCCGUGUGUAUUCCGAUGCGUUUGGGGACCAGAUGCUUGUCAUGACGGUCGUCGCGCUGGUGGCGUUGCUGCUAAGUUUGGGGACGUACAGCUCGCGGCCCAAGAGCCAUGUUGUCAGUGUCAUGGUGCAGCACAAGCAGCUUGCGGGUCGGGCGGAUGGUAGUAGGCGAGACGUGGAGCUGUCCAGUGUUAGCAGUGUGCGGUCUUUGGUUCGGUAG